ACUCUAGCAAUCGUUAUUUGCUUGGCUCUUGCUAUGACAAGUGCCUUCAGAGUCAGGCAAGGUAAUGGAAUGGGACAACUCAUGGCUGACAUGCAACAAGGUAUCCAAGAUGGUAACCAAGCUCUUACUGACACCGAAGGACUCCUCAACGAUGCCACCGAAGCCACUGAAGGCAUGGCCAACCAGUUCAUUGGACAAGGUCUCAACGCUGCCGGACAGUUCACUGGAGCUGCUGUUGGAGGGAACAGACUUCAGCUAAAACAGUUUAGCCAAAAUCCUGAUGAAUUUGCAGCAUGGACUCUUUCCUAUAUCACCAAUGGGCGGAGACCUUUAGAAGAAUCUGAUGACAAUGCAUCAUUACUUGUGAAUAAUGAAUUAAGAGAUUCAGAAGAGGUCCCUGAGAUUCCUGAUUACUCAGAAGAAGAUUCAGGAAAUAGGGUUCAACAAUCAACUGCAGGAAAUGUAGCCCAAGGUACUUCUGAUGUUACUAAUGACUCUACUGGCAUAUCAAAUAACGGAAUUGGAGCAAUUAAUAACUUAUUGGAUCAGACAAAUCAAGCUUUGAAUCAAAUUUUAGGUACAUCUGCUGGAGCUGUAACUGGACCGGCUACUACAACCACUCGUAGGCUCCAAUCUCUGCACUAAGCCCCUUGCCUCUUAAACAUUCUCAAAUAUUCCUUCUGCACCUGC